AUGACAUUUCUUAGCAGGGCUGUACUUUCGCUCAACGUUUCCGAAGUGUAUGGCAUUGACGACACCUGGGGCUGCAGGAUCAAUGAUGUGGAGGAAGAGGCCAGGCAAGGAUGCCAUUACUUUCAGCUCUUGUCGCCCAAUCUGGACCCGCAGCUCAAUCAAAGGAGGCGGAAGGAAGGAGAAAAGCAUCAUGGCAACGAAACGUGCUACAGUAAUGUGCAGGUCGACCUUCGCUUCGCCUCGAUCUGGAUGAGGAUUCCUGCCUCAUGUGGCUUCACAUUUGGUGGGCGAGCGGGCCGGCGGGCAGUAGGCAAUAGGCACCCGGAUAUUGAGAUCGCUAGUACUUCUAUUGCCUGUGAGGUGAACGGUGAUCUCUUUGCGCGCGCCCGCGAGGGCUGUAUUGGACUACGAAGGCUAUUGAGACGGAUGACGGUUAGUACGGUCUACCUGGAUGAAGAGUGCACGCAUCGGCAUCGCCGCGACGGCCGUUUAGUCACUAUGUCCUUUCUCCAGUUUCUACCAACUACGAGACUCACUAUGGAGUUUGCCAGAGAUGCAGCGGGCCCUGGGUGUUCUAUCUGCGAGGUCCACGAGCCUUUAUUCACACGGACGAGGGUCACGGAAUCAACGUUUUUGGGGAGCAGCUGGAGAGCUGUGAGUACGGAGAGUAUAUGGGUAUUAACCAGUCUGACAGACUACAUCGGUAUCAAAUCUUUAUCGUGUGAGGCGGACAAGGUUGGCGGCAUUCAGUUCGCGCGACUCUGCUUUCCUUCUUCCCCUCUGAGAGAGCUAUUGGACUUCUUUUGUAGCUCUAUUCCCUCGAGCUCAUACUCAUCCUUCAUCGAAGUCAUCGCCACGGAGCCCGGACGAGUGGGAUACUUAGCUUUUCAAGACGACAUGACCCGGUCCAAAGGUGUUCGACCGCAUUGCACCGCGAUUUCACGGCAUAUAAAAGCCUCAUGUCUCUUCAAUAGCUCGCCAGCUCGUUCAGGGUUCCGCACACUCACCGUUGUCAACUCUCACCACCGGCCUACCGCCCGCGGAACGUGGUCGUCUUGCUUGGAAGUUGCUCUGACAUGCGGACACGGCGCCCCUUCGUCCAGGUUGAAGUAG